AUGGAAUUUAAUCCAUUUACUGAGCCUUCAAACUUUGUUGAACUGCUUAGCAGUCAACAAAGUGUUUUACUAUCUGAAGUGCAAGUUCUCUUCUAUGGCACUCAAGGCACUGAGCCUUCAAACUUCGGUGAAGACAACCAAGCCUCUCGUAAAGAAAGAAGGACGUGGUCGCCAGGAGAUGAUGUUCUGCACAUUAGCUCGUGGUUAAACACGAGCAAAGAUGCAGUAGUAGGGAAUGACCAAAGGCUUAAUGCAUUCUGGAAAAGAAUAGCUGCGUACUACAAUGCUAGUCCCUCUGUUGGUGGCUGUGAAAAGAGAGAGCCAGCACACUGUAAGAAUCGCUGGCAGAAGAUCAAUGACCAAGUUUGCAAGUUUUGUGGCGCAUACGAAGCUGCGAACAGAGAGAAAACCAGUGGUCAAAACGAGAAUGAUGUGCUCAAACUAGCCCACCAGAUCUUCUUCACUAACCAUAAUAAAAAAUUCACCCUUGAGCAUGCUUGGAAAGAGUUGCGUAAUGACCAGAAGUGGUGCGAGCUGUCUACUGCUAAAAAUGAUGGAGGCUCCAAAAAGAGGAAGUGUGGGGAUGUUUCACAUUCAGCAAGCUCGAAAGCAACUGAAGUGGAUUCCGGUGACGAUGAUGAAGCAACAACUCGUCCUCCGGGUGUUAAGGCAGCAAAGACUCGUUCUAAGAAGACAAUGAGUGAUGGGAAGGAACUGUCUGAGUUUCAGACAAUGUGA